AUGAUGUCCUCCUCGACCAUCGCGACUGUCGUCCAGUCCUCUGCUAAGCACCCUCCUAUCCUUACUCCUGGUAAGAUCACUCUCACCGUUGCUCACGCGUGGGAGAAUGCUUGCCAGCAGUAUUUCAAGCAGAAUGACACCUCCAAUGACAAGAAGGUCACAAAAGUUACUGGCAGUUUCCAGGACGCUAUAGUCAGCAACUGGUACUACAACGAUUCUGAUACAUACGACGUGCUCCCCUGGAAGGAUUUCCUAGUUGCCUUCCGAUCUCGUUUCCUCCUGAAAGGCUGGGAAUCUUCCAUGCUCACUCAACUCCUCCGAUCGCUGAUACGCUCCCAGACCUUCUGGCCUCUGAAAACGCAUUUUCCAGCGAUCACUCAGACCUCACUACUCCAUCCCGUAGCCUCCGAGAUGCAUCCGACCCUUUCGCGACCUGCUGCGAACUUUCCAACUUCGCGCGACUUCGUUCGACUUCGCUUGACUCCUUGCGACUUCGCACCGAGAUUCGACAUUCUUUCAUCACUCAUGCACCACUCUUGCGUCUCCCCGCUGUCGGAUACCACUUACCCAUUGUCCUUUGAUCUAGUCCGAUGCGCCCUGGUCGAUUUUCAUCUAAGUCCGUACUUCCUCAAUGUCGCGCCACCUUUCUGGAUGUCGCGCCGACUCGCUGCCAAUGUCACCACCACCACCAUCCAUGCUGUCUGUCGACACGUUGAAGACCUUGCGUACCAACAGUCGCUCAACGCUGCGAAUAUCGAGGCUAAAUGA